GGAGCAACCCCGCGUCGGCGGAGACGAGGGAGGUGCCCAACGCGGCGGCGCAUCCAUUCGACCCCAAGCUGGUGUCCAGGCAGCGGCUGCUGAAAACGCAGGCGGCUGUAGAUGAGGAGAAGAGCCGACGGGAACAGCAGUUCAACUCGUUGCGUGCGGAAGAGGCGAUGCAUAGGAAGGAGCAGUCUAUUAAACAAUCAUCCAAGCAAUGGUUAGAUUCACCAAAAAUAAAGGUCGUCCCAACGAGGUUGCCGUAAAGUGGUCUUAUAAUAAUGAUGAUGAAAUUCCGUACCCUUUAUACGCUGAAUUUUCUGGAGAUAAUUCCCCCUUCUCCCCAAAAAGAGAGUGGAGUGAUAUAAGAGUUGUCAGGAGACUGCGAGGAUUGCGUUGGCAAGAGCGGGUUGCUGCUCGUACUCACUUCAGAGAGCUACGUGAUAGUCGGCGAGCAGCUAGAGGCAAGCCUACUUCUUUAUUCAUGUCAGCAAUGAAUAAAUUCAGGGUUGAGAAGGCUAAGGAGUACAGCGGCCGUUGCGCCGUUCCUGAAUAUCUUAUAUGUCCGUUGUCCGGUGAGCUCAUUACAGAUCCAGUGACAAUUGCUACAGGAAAGACAUUCGAGCGACACUUUCUGAAGGGCUGGUUCGAGAAGAAGGGACACAUUUGUCCUUCGACCAACGAGCCGGUGUCAAGCACAAUCAUCCGAAACGACCGCAUCCGAGGAUACUUAGAGGAGUGGAACGAAGUGUUGAAAGAAGAGUAGUGCUGAUAUGUGU